AUGGCAGAGGCGUUGCCUGAUGUGAACAUCCAGACCAGUUCCGAGAAUCUUGGGUUAUGCGUCGACAAGUCUGAUAUACAGGGGAUAAGGAAAGUGGGUUCGAGAGCUGAGAUCGAUACUUCUCCUGCAUUCAGAUCGGUUCAGGAGGCCGUGACCCGGUUCGGUGGUCGUGGCUAUUGGGUUCCUUUCAAGCUUGAGGACAAUUACAGUGGUGUGGGAGAAUUUAACAUAAAGAGAAUGGAAGAGCAUGCAGCAGAGCUAGAAAAAGAUCUGAUAGUGAAAGAGCUGGAAACUCUAGAUGUUCUAGAAGCACUUGGAUCCACUAAGAGAAUCGUUGAAGAUUUGAAACGACAACUUCAUCAAGAAUCCUUGAGAUCAGCUGAACAAAUCAAAGAGAUGAACAACGAUGAGCAUUACAAUCACAACCCCUUGUCAUCUCCUGAUCUGAUCUUAAUGGAACUGAAGCAAGCCAAGAUAAACCUUAGUAAAACCAUGGAUGAUCUUGUGAUGAUCCAGUCCUCUGUUGAGUCUCUGAACAAGAAAAUGAAAGAAGAGAAAGAGUUUCUUGAUAAGACAAGAGAGAAGCUCACGUUUGGGUUUGGUGGAGCCGUGUCUCUAGCUGAGGAGCUGAGCAGAGUUAGGGUGAAACCACAUGUUCCUGAUGAAACAGGUCUAAACCAACAGAACAAGAACUGUCUGAGAACUGCGGAGAUGAGAUUGGUUGCUGCUAGAAAAAUGGAAGAAGCUGCAAAAGCUGCAGAAGCACUAGCCAUUGCUGAGAUAACAAUGUUAUCAUUAUCAUCAUCAAACGGUGAAAGUGAUGAUGAUGGUUCAGAGUUUUGCUUUCCAGAGCCUCCAAGAUCUCCCUUAACACCGAGAGGACUUAGGAAGGAUACUGAUAGUGAUAGCUCAAGAAGUGGGGUUUUGAAGAAGCUUGAGGAAGCUACACAAGGAGUUAAACAAAGUAAACAAGACUUAGAAGCUGCGUUAAACCGAGUAGAGAUUGCUAACGUGAAGCAACUCGCAGCUGAGAACGCUUUCCGUGGCUGGACAAAAGACCCAUCACCGAAAGGUGUUAACUUCAAACCUGUGAGUCAAACCCGGCGCUCGUUUUUCAGACAUCUGAACAAGCAGCAUGAGCCAGUGCUAAAGUCUAAUGUCUCAAUGCGUGAUGUUUUGAGGCGUAAGCAAGUUCCUAAGGAGGAUGGUGUUGUCUCCGAGACGCAGAACGUUGAAGGACAAAGGAGGAAUGUGAAUUUGAGUCAAAUGUUGAAGGAGCUGAAGCAUGAUAUUAAGUCUUCUUCGGCACGAGGUGAGAAAGAAGAGGUGCAUGAAGAGAAACAAUUUGCCACGCAGAGGAGAAAGUUUGGGUUCAUACAUAUUACACUUCCCAUGCAGAAACAGAGUAAGAAAAAAUCUAGCGUUUAA